AUUUAUAUAAAUCCACAAUGGUUAUUGGUGCCUUCCCAGCGGCCAAAUUGGGUGUAUUGGCCAUCAAACAAGUCAGUAAACCCAUAGCGAAUAUAAUUAAAUCGAAAGCCAAAGAGCAUCCAUUAUUUCGUAACUAUAUUUGUAUGCCACCGGCUCAAUUGUAUAAUUGGGUAGAAGUCAAGACGAAAAUGUGGGCCCUUAAUCUGGGCAAGCCUGUCAAUGUGCCACCCCUAACAGAAGCCAUGGCUGUGGAACUGGGUGCAAAUCUCUUGGGUGAAUUUAUUAUAUUUGCAAUCGGUGCGGGGCUGCUGAUAUUUGAAUACGCUAGACAAACCAGCAAUGAGGCCAAAAAGCAAGAAAAAAUGGUCCUAGAAAAAGCGGAACUUACAAACAAUUUAGCUGAACUGACAUUCCGUUUGGAACGCCAAGAUGCUCAAUUAAGAGAAUUGACACGAGUACUAGCCGAUAUUGAAUCACGUUCCAUUUUCAGAUGGACCCGGGAACGGUUAAGCGAAUAUCAACCAUUUAAUCCUGACAAUCCAGAUCAGUCAUUAAAUAAAAAACCACAAACCAAAUCACCAUAUCAUGCCGAUGGUGGUCUAGUCAUGAGAGCUUUACAUUUCCUAGAUACAAAAGUGUUCACCAAUAGUCCAGUGUCUGUGUCACAACAACAACAACCACAACAUCAAACCUCACCUCCACCAUCAUCAUCUACACAAAAUGUCAUGGAUGUUCCUGAAACUACAUUAACGGAAGCUCCGGCAAAAUCGGCAACACUUCUCAAAAUGAAUACAUCGUCUGGGCAACAAAUACAGUCUCAAAUACCAACAUCGAAAAAGGAAGAAAAUGCCUCAACACAGACAUCCAAUAGUACAACAAUAACCCCUCCUCCACCACCACUAUCCCCACCUGAUAAAUCCACAAAAGCUGAAGCUCCAGUCAAAGCGGCGUAA